CAACCAUGGGGUGCAUUAAAAGCAAAGAAGAUAAAGGUCCAGCCAUGAAAUACAGAACUGAUAAUGCUCCAGAACCUGUUAUUUCCCACGUCAGCCAUUACGGGUCAGACUCCAGCCAAGCCACACAGUCACCAUCCAUAAAGGGAUCUGCUAACUUUAAUAGUCAUUCCAUGACUCCUUUUGGAGGACCCUCAGGAAUGACACCCUUUGGAGGAGCAUCAUCUUCAUUUGCAGCUGUGCCAAGUCCAUAUCCUAGUACUUUAACAGGUGGUGUUACUGUAUUUGUGGCCUUAUAUGACUAUGAAGCAAGAACUACAGAUGACCUUUCAUUUAAGAAAGGUGAACGGUUCCAGAUAAUAAAUAACACGGAAGGAGACUGGUGGGAAGCAAGAUCCAUUGCUACAGCAAAAACAGGCUACAUCCCAAGCAAUUACGUGGCUCCUGCAGACUCCAUUCAAGCAGAAGAGUGGUAUUUUGGUAAGAUGGGCAGGAAGGAUGCAGAGAGGCUGCUUUUAAACCCUGGGAACCAGCGUGGUAUUUUCUUAGUAAGAGAGAGUGAAACCACUAAAGGUGCUUACUCCCUUUCCAUACGGGACUGGGACGAGGUGAGGGGUGAUAAUGUGAAACACUACAAAAUCAGGAAACUUGACAAUGGUGGCUACUACAUCACAACCCGAGCACAAUUCGAGUCCCUGCAGAAGCUGGUGAAACACUACAGAGAACAUGCUGAUGGACUGUGUCAUAAGCUAACGACCGUGUGUCCCACUGUGAAACCACAAACACAGGGACUGGCAAAGGAUGCCUGGGAAAUCCCUAGAGAGUCCUUGAGGCUGGAAGUGAAGUUGGGUCAAGGCUGUUUUGGUGAAGUAUGGAUGGGGACGUGGAAUGGAACCACGAAGGUAGCGAUCAAGACCCUGAAGCCUGGCACGAUGAUGCCAGAGGCGUUCCUGCAGGAGGCCCAGAUCAUGAAGAAGCUGCGGCACGACAAGCUGGUGCCGCUCUACGCCGUGGUCUCCGAGGAGCCCAUCUACAUUGUCACUGAGUUCAUGGCCAAAGGCAGCUUGCUAGACUUCCUUAAAGAAGGAGAAGGGAAAUACUUAAAACUCCCCCAGCUGGUGGACAUGGCUGCUCAGAUUGCUGAUGGCAUGGCUUACAUUGAAAGAAUGAACUACAUCCACAGGGAUCUUCGGGCAGCUAACAUUCUUGUAGGAGACAAUCUUGUGUGUAAAAUAGCAGACUUUGGUUUAGCAAGGUUAAUAGAGGACAAUGAGUACACUGCAAGACAAGGAGCUAAGUUUCCAAUUAAAUGGACUGCUCCAGAGGCAGCGCUGUACGGCCGGUUCACCAUCAAGUCGGAUGUGUGGUCCUUUGGGAUUCUGCUGACAGAGCUGGUGACAAAGGGCCGGGUGCCAUACCCAGGGAUGGUGAAUCGGGAGGUGCUGGAACAAGUGGAGCGUGGCUACAGGAUGCCCUGCCCACAGGGCUGCCCAGAGUCUCUCCAUGAGUUGAUGAAACUGUGCUGGAAGAAGGACCCUGAUGAGAGGCCGACAUUUGAAUACAUCCAGUCUUUCCUGGAGGACUACUUUACUGCCACAGAACCACAGUACCAGCCUGGAGACAAUUUGUAAGCCAACGGUCUAUCUAACAUGCACAAAUCUGCCAAAUGUAAAAGACUUGCAAAGAAUUCCUGACAUCUGUAAGGAAUCAAAGGAAAGAAAAAUCUU